UUUUCAUUGGUAAGGAAAGUGAAAGUAUGCGGCGGAAUUUUUCUCCAUCCGCGUUCUUGCAUUUCCCGCAACAACAACACCUAUUUAAACUCUCAAUUCCUUCAUUUCUCAGUCCUCUCGUUAUUUUCUCCACUUUCAAUUCACAGAACCAAUUUGCUUAGGGGACUUAGGGUUUAUGUGAGAGAGAGAGAGAGGAGUUCUUGUACGUACGAACGAACGAACGAACGAACGAACGAACGAACGAACGAACGAACAAGCAUUUUCUCCAUUGGAAUUUUGGAACGAUGAGAGCCAGAUUGGUAGUGUUUCCAAUCAGAGGAAGAAAUUGGUGUUUCAGCAGAUCCAUUGAACCUACCGUUUCAGAUUCUUCUUCUGCUCAGACUCCUUCAACUUUCAAAGAUCUCUGGACCAAAAUCUCUUCGUCUUCUUCUUCCAAAUCCGACGCUCUUUCCAUCGCUAACGCUAGUAACAAUGCGGAGAUUGUGACCGAUUUCAUCUCUUCUAAGAUGAAUAAAGCCUGGACUGCUCUUGAAAAGGCUCCUGACGGAUCGUUUAAAAAUAAACUUCACGGCAUUGGAUUGAAGCUUUUAUCUCGAGUUAAGCCGUCUGAGAUAUUCUUGAAGUCUAUAACUAAAGAUGUUACGAGCGUCGAAAUAACUUAUCCAUCGAGUUUGAAUCCACGGCUCGUUCGAAGGAGGUUACGGCAUAUUGCCUUCAGGGGAACUGUCAUCCACCGGAAAUACUUCUAUAGUUCAGUCUCGUUGCUGCCAUUAGCAAGUGCAUUUACUAUUUUGCCUCUGCCAAAUAUUCCAUUCUUUUGGGUUUUGUUUCGCACAUAUUCUCAUUGGCGAGCUCUGCAGGGAAGUGAAAAGCUCCUUCAGUUGGUCUCAGAUAGAUCUUACCCUGGCAACUCAUCCUCUGAUGGUAAGAAGAACGAGGACAAAAUCCAACAGUAUUCAGGUCCAGCACUGGACAUGCAGCCAUCGGAAAAACUUGACAAAUUUCUGAGCCAAAUGGAGGCAUCUGGUGAUAUAACUGCAAUUAAAGAUAUAUGCAAGAUGUUUGAUUUAAACAUCGCCAAUGUUUUAAAGUACAAAGAUGCAUUGUGAUCAGUGAUCCCAUCUUCAGAUGGGGGGAAAGAAGGUGCGACAUUCAAUCAAACGAGAUGAUGCUCAUUGCCAUUCAUGGGGUGAGAAGAAUGAUCAUCAAAAAUCAUGGAAGACGAAUCACGAGAGCCAUCACAUACGUUUGGACUGGUGGUUUGUUAUGCUUCUUCUCGGAAUUUACAUUGUUCUACCACUAUAAAAAAAGGAAGUGCAUAGCCUAAUUUUCCCCUGUUGGGCUUGUUGGUGGCUUUAUUCUGUUGGCUCGCAUGUGAUCUUAUCUAUUCCCACUUCCCAGGGACAAAAAUUGGCCCGGUUGAAUGCAAACUGAAAUCUCGUUGGCACCAGAUCCCAUACUGGUCAGUAAACAAGCUUUCUUUGCUUAUACAAACUAUAAGUCUUUUGUGAAUUUUGUUUUCCUGUUUGUAAUUUAAUAGCUCAUCUUUGCAUAUCUUAUUUUGUUCAUUUGAUUAUAAAAUGUUAUGUUUUGAUGUUCUUAUGAGCUUA